GUAUGGUAGGCGAGAAGCAUAGGAUAUGUUGAGAGAGAAGAUGCUUAAAGAAGAGUGUAGCGAUUAGUGAAAGGGGAAUAGAAUACACGGGAAUGGUGGGUUCGUGUAGUUAAUGCAGAGAGGCCAAUUGUCCACCAUGAACACUUGUCUCUAAAUCUUCCCAGUUUUUGAACCUGUUGAGAGAGAGAGAUAGAGUGAAGAGGUCGUAGAGAGAGAAAGUGAGUUCUCAGUUCCCGAUGCUCUUGCAAUGGGGAAAGAAUUGGAGCAAAAUCUGCCGCAACAGCAGAGUCGUGAGAGUGGAAAUAGAGGAGGAAGAGGGGGAGGUUCUUCGGGUCUUUUCUGUGAGAGAUGUUCGAUGGGAUUAUCAAUAAUCUCUAAGGAAUUCAGUUUUAGAUGUUUUUUCGCUUUAAUUCUCAGUUUGUCUCUUUUGGUCUCUGGCAUCUUCUGGAUCCUCCCUUCCCGUACAGCUAAAUUAGAUGCUUUUGAUGCCCAAGAUGCAAUUAAGCUUCGCGCCACAGUACAAGCAUACUUUAGACUGCAAAAGCCAGUUUCACAGCUUGUUCCACACAUUGGAAGAUUAGAAUAUGAUAUUAAUGAUGAAAUAGGUGUGCCAAAUGCAAAGGUGGCUAUCCUAUCCAUGCAUCAAUCAGGUGCAUCUAACUGGACUGAUGUGGUGUUUGGUGUUCUUUCUGACUCAAUAAAUGCUCAAAUAAAUCAAGUGUCCUUGAGUGUGCUGAGGUCUUCUUUAAUUGAGGUGUUCCUUCAGGAAUCCAAUCUGACUUUGACAAUCUCAAUUUUUGGGCAGCCCUCUAUGUUUGAGAUUUUGAAGUUUCCUGGGGGGAUCACUGUAAUCCCAGUGCCCUAUGCUUCCCUUUGGCAGAUGCCCCAGAUCCUCUUUAAUUUUACCCUCAAUAAUUCCUUAGCUGAAAUACUGGAUAAUCUCACAGAGUUAAGGGAUCAGUUGAAGUUUGGAUUACAACUGAGACCAUACGAGAAUGUAGUUGUGCAAAUAACAAACACAGCUGGCUCCACAAUAAAUCCACCAGUCACGGUUCAGGCUUCUGUCGUAUCAGAUCUAGGGAGCCUUUUGCCACAAAGAUUGAAACAGUUAGCUCAAACAAUCACAGAUUCUCCUACAAAGAAUCUUGGCCUGAAUAACUCAGUUUUUGGUAAAGUAAAGAGUGUUAUUUUAUCAUCAUAUUUAAAAGGUACACUUCAUGCAAACCCUCCAACUCCUUCACCAGCUCCAUCUCCAGAGCUCAGUGAGUAUGCUGAACCUCCAAUUUCCCCAUGUCCUACUUUUUCCCCAUCACCCACUCCAGCAUCUUCUCCAUCAGAUGACAUUGACUCACAUGCAACAAGCCCAAAAUAUGGGCCACACCAUUCUUUACCUCCUGUAAAUUCUGCAGCACCUUCUACAGUAAUAGCUGAUCCUCCUCACCCAUGUGGACACCAAGGUUCUCCAAUAUCUCCAAGCUCAUCACCAUCUCAUUCUAACCGAAGUCCUUACUUACGUUCAGUGGAUCCCCAAUCACAGCUGGCCCCAGGUCUGUCUCCUGUACCUCAAGUAUCUUAUGGUUCCAUGCCAAGGAAAGGUUCAGUAUCUCAAGUACUUGCUCCAUCUCCAUCUGCGCCAUCUCCGUCAUCUGUAGCAGUAAGUCCUUUCUACAAGGAGAUCUGGUGGUUGGGAUUUUCUGGACUCUUGAUCUUCCAUCUUCUUUGUUGCUCACAUUGACAAAAGUACAUUUCUUAAUCAUAUGGCUGGAGACAGUUUCUGAGGCAUAGUUAGAAGACUUAUGAUACCCAGUUUUGUUCUGGCGAGAAUGGUAGAAACACAUAUGGGAAGUUCACAAGUUCUCUUCAAAAAAUUGACAUAAAUGUAAAGGAAACUCAAGAUGAAUUGUAGGUCAAAGCCAAGAAGGUGGCAGGCCUUUCAUCUCACUUCUAAGUUCCUAAUGUCACAGGGAAACAUGAGUUUCUUAUAAAGGGAACAAUCCCUUACCAGUGAUCAAUCAAGAAGCAACUUUGUAUUGCAGAUUUCACGAUCCUUUUCCUCUAUGUCUCAAGUGUAAAAAAUGGAGGUUCUUUAGUAGCAUCUGCAAUACAAUGUUGAAGGAAAAAAUUGUAAACUUCUGGAGAAAUAGAAUACAUCUUUAUAUGAA